AUGGCAAAGACUGACCUCCCCACUCCUCCAGGCACCGGUCUCGUCGGCGCGCUGACUCCCGACCAGAAAGAGCUUCUCAAGCAGAUGUGGGCCGAGAUCUUCCAGAUAGCCGACUCUGGCGAGGUCAAUGUCCCUAAUGACUUGCUUACUGCUCCGUCCUCAGCAAAUGCUGAGACCGCUUCCGUCAAGUCCAAGACCGCGACUGCAAAGAAGAGCUGGUUCGGUACCUCUAAGGCUGCCCCUGCUGCCGCGGAGGAGACCCCUACCACCCGUAUCAACCUUGCAGACAUUGGUCUUUCGGUCGAACAGCUUCGCCCUGCUCUCUGGAACAAUAUCCUUGGAGAUCAUCCUGAUUCGCUUCUGCUUCGAUUCUUGAGAGCACGCAAGUGGAAUGUGACCAACGGCAUGAACAUGAUCUUGAAGGCGUUCAAGUGGCGUCUUGAGGACGACAUUGAGGAGGUCAAGUCCAAGAACGAGGACGAGCUCGAUACUAAGUACCGCGGUUUCAAGCUGCAAAUGGAGCUGGGCAAGUCCUAUGUCCACGGCACCGACAAGACGGGACGCCCCGUCGUUUUCAUUAACGUUAGACUGCACAAGCCCGCAGACCAGGACGCCAAGGCACUGGAAAAGUUCACCAUCUACGUUAUGGAGACUGGCCGCUUGCUGAUCCAGCCCCCAGUUGAGACCGCGUGCCUGGUCUUUGACAUGACUGGAUUCGGACUCGCCAAUAUGGAUUAUGGAUUUGUCAAGUUCCUAGUGCAAUGCUUUGAGGCAUACUACCCAGAGUCGCUCGGAGUGCUUAUCAUUCACAAGGCACCAUUGGUGUUCUGGGGUGUUUGGAAGAUCAUCGAGCCUUGGCUGGACCCCGUCGUCGCCUCAAAGAUCCGUUUCACUCGUAGCGACAAGGAGCUGACCGAGCUUAUUGAUCCCGAGCAUCUCCCUAACAAGUAUGAAGGCGGCAAGGAUCAGUACACAUAUGAGUACAUCCCUCCCGUCGCUGGUGAGAAUGACCGCAUGAAGGACACAGAAACGCGCGAGCGUCUGCUUGAGGAGUGGAAGGCCAUCAUGUGGAAGUUUGAGGCCCUGACACGCGAGUGGAUCGCAUGCAAAAAGACAGAGGGCGCUCGCUCGGAGGAGGUUAUUGAGGCCGAGAGACUGGCGGUGAGCAAGGAAUUGAGGGUCGCGUACUUCAAGCUCGACCCUUACAUCCGUGCCAGAAACCUGUACCACCGUUCAGAGCACCCCGUUCUCCAGGGCGAUGGUUCCGCGAUCUGGACAUACAAGAACUAG